AUGAUAUCCGUUUUAUCUUCAAGAAUCAAAAGCUUCUUCUGGGCAACGCUCUUGAUGGCGUUGCCUACAGCUACCGCUUUUUUGUCGUCGCAAUCCCACCUGCCGACAGCUAGUACACGGAACUUUCAAUGGGCCGCAGAAGAUGAUGAUUUUAUGGCUGCACUUAGAACGCGAGUAAAGGAAGUCGAGGAUCGCGAGUCGAGGAUGGCAUUGGUGGUCCUAGAUACUAUGCUUCCAAGACAGGUGCUAAGAAUCCAAGUCAAGAAUGAUCUUUUAAAGGCCUUAGUGAAAGAAUGUCUAGAAAACGAGAAGCCUUUCUUCGGAAUUCUUGGUUUGGCAAGGAUCAGCACUGGUCAGCAAGUACAUUUGAAGAAUGGAGUCGAAGUUGAAAUCAUUGGUAAGCCGGAAUUUGUCGAAGAUGGCAUGAAACUAGAGUUGAAGGCUGGGCGAAGAUUUUCCAUAUUGGGUGAAGUUGACAACACUGGCAUUGGAUGGACUGAGGCACGAGUUGAAUUUCUGGAUUCCAGCGAGCAAGAGGAAGAAGAGGUUUCUGGAGAGGAUCGCUUUGGUGUUGCUAGAGCCAUAUCGAAAGCAGAAAGCUUGACCUGUCCGAACAUGAAUAUGCCCGAAAACCAAUCACUUGUUGACAGGUGGAUUCAGCUAGCAAAAGGUAAUGAGAGGAGUCCAGGCCAGAUUGAGCGGUUACUUGCAGAGCUAGGAGAAAUCCCUCCUCCUCAUGAGCCCUCAGAACGAGCCUUUUGGGUAGGGGCACUGAUAAACCCGAUUCCUGCUAUGGGUGUGGCUAUGGAAAUAAGACCACAGCUAUUGAUUGCCAAGACCGCUGAAAUGAGAGUGCAACACGCGCUGGACGGUAUAUUAAAGUCCAUCAAGCAUAUGGAUGGCUCCGCAAAGAUGUUUUAA